AUGUCCUUGAAGGGCAGGGUAACUGUUGUCACAGGGGGAGCACGAGGCAUUGGGUUGGCGUUGGCGAGAGGUGCUGCGGAGCUGGGCAGUGAUAUCGCUGUCCUCGAUGUUCUCGAGAAGCCAUCCGAGGCCUUUGGGGAUUUCGAAAAGGAGCUCGGAGUCCGGGCUCGUUACUAUCGGGCAAGCGUCACUGAUCCUGAAGGCUUGACCCGCGGGUUUGAGGCUAUAGUGAAGGAUUUUGGUCAGAUAGACAAUUGCGUGACAGCCGCGGGGAUAGUCCACGACAAACCCUUCCUGGAUACAACUUGGGAGGAGGGGGCGCGCAUACUCGAGGUCAAUGUCAUGGGCACAAUGCUGAGUGCUCAAUUGGCCGCCAAACAAAUGCGAGCUCAAAACACCGGAGGUAGCAUCGUCAUGAUCGCUUCGGUCUCGGCCGGAACGGCAUUGCAAAUGCAAAGAUUGAAUAUAUAUGCUGCGUCCAAGGGUGCGGUAAAAUCCCUGUGCGGGCAGCUGGCCGUGGAACUGGCACCUCUCGGGAUUCGCGUGAAUACGGUUUCUCCUGGAUUCAUUGCGACCGAGAUGACGAAGGGUCUUGCCGUCACAAGGCCAGAGCUCCUGACAGUGUUCAAGUCGCCUCCGCUGGGGAGGAUUGGCGAUCGAGCGGAUCUGAAGGGUGUGGUGGGAUACCUCCUCAGCGAUGCGGCAGCUUAUACCACCGGCGCGGACGUGCUUGUGACUGGUGGCGUACAUGCAGGUCUGCUAUAG